AUGGCCUACAACUACGGCGCCCCGCCGGGCGCGUACAAUAGCACACGUCAGCCCUCCUACAGCGGUGCGCCGUCUAUGGGACCCCCACCAGGCAUGGAAGGUGCGCCAGGCAUGCCCUCACACUCCCCAGCCGUUGGCCAACAACCACAGUUUCAGCCUCCUCCGAAUAUGCCAAACAUCAACUUCAAUGCACCUGUCAUUCGCCUCGGCAUGCAAGACCAGGGUAGGAACAACUCGCCAGCGGACAGAAUAUCGAGAGGUGGAGACAACUUCCGCGGCAGCAAUGCCGAGCCCUUAGGUAGGAGAGACAGAGCGGGGCUGGGCGGUGAUCGUGAUGGUGGAAGGAACCUUGACCGCAUGAGAGCGGAGAUGAGGGAGAGCAUCCAGGCGCAGCAGCCGCCUACACGAGAGGAAGUCGCGCGGACAAUCUUCAUCGGCGGACUCAACGAAAAUGCACCCUCCGACUCGGCGAUCGAGAAGCUGCUGUUUUGCGCGGGAAAGCUCCGUCGGUGGACGAGGGUGAGAGACGCUGACGACAAGGUCUGCAAAUUCGGCUUCGCUGAGUAUGAGGAUGUGGACUCAUUAGACGCAGCUAACGAGAUCUUCGUCAACCUCGAGGUGCCGAUGUUCAAGCCUAGCGUGGCCAGCGUGAUCAAGGACGAAGAGACAGGUGAGGUGCAGAAGAUGUCCUUGCUGGUCGUUGUUGACGAGCAGAGCAAGAAGUAUAUCGACGAGUGGAAGGGCAGGAGCAAGCGAGAAGAUGAAGACUCCAGACAAUUCCGCAUUGAUGGUUGCAAGGAAGAUCUCAGGCAGUGUGUUGCUUCACUCCAGAACAUGGGAGCUUUUCUUGCGAACGGGGAGCCUGUCAAUGCUGGCAUGGCGGAUGCUGCGAACGGUAAUGGGGUCAAAGACGACGACCAGAAAGUCGUGAACAUUGCUGUGGCAUUGGAGGAUGAGCUCAGUGACAUCCCACCCGAAAUGCGCGCGACUGUCGCUUCGGAGAUUCGGGCAUUCCGGGAUCGGUCGACGCAGCGGGAUCUUGAGCGUCUCAAGCGUGAAGAAGAGCUUGAGCAAGCUGAGCGCCAACGAUCCGAGCGUGAGAGAGGUGGUGGUCGUGCUAGUCCCACGCGCACUUUCGCUCCGUCAGGCCCUGCCAGUGCUUCGAACGGCAUUCCUGUCGGUCCACGUGGGGCUGCCGCUGUACCCAACGCACCAUCCGGUCCCCGCGGAUACAGAGGAGCUCAGAUGCCUUCCGACUACGUCAAUGGUGUCAACUUCGUCGGCGCCAACGGCGUGAACGGCGUCUCAAUCAGGCAAGAAGACGAGGACGACUCCGCCAGUGACGAGGAGCUGGAGCGUCGCCGGAAAGAGAAGAAGAGCAAGAACAACGAGGCCGACUUCUUAAACGCAGAAGCACGCUGGGUGCGCAAGGAGAACACUCGCGCCAAUGCUCAGGACCGCGAGCGGAUGAGAGAAGACGACCUCGGGAGAGCGCGUACAAGAGCCAAGGAUGUCGCGAGCAAGCAGAUGCAAGAGUUCAAUGACGACGAGGAGAUCAGGAAGGCCGAGCGUGCAGAGCCUGGUGCGCAUGAGUACUUCAUCGACCCAAGCAAGUGGGCGGUGAGACGGCACCACAUUCGUAAAGAAGAGGCAGCACAAGAUGCGCACGACCGUCAAAUCGAGGCACGCGAGCGGGCAGAAGCCAACAGCCGUAGCGCCCACGCCCGCGGUAUGGCCGACAAUUUCAUGGAUGAGAUGAACGCCGAGUUCGCUGCACGCGCCGAGCAACAGCCCGCUGCACAGGGAUUCAAGAUCUCGCUCGGUUCUGCCGCGGCGCGCAGCAAAGCCGCUACCACAGCUGCGCAGACCGGGCCUUCGAAGCGUGGCAUGGCGGAUAUGGAGAACCUGCUCGAAGACGAAGAAGAUGCCGGUGCCUCUGGCGUUCGCAAACCGCUGGGUGCACUGAAGCCCUUGCCAACGGCCACCGCGGCGGACAUGACGGAAGAAGAAAAAGCCGCGGCGCGCGCGGAGAUCACGAAAGAGAUCCCCAUCUCCACAGACGAGCUGUUCUCGUUCCCGAUGAAGUACGAGUACCUCACGCCCGCGGUCAUCGAGCAGCAGGUCAAGCCGUUUGUGGAGAAGAAGGUUGUGGAGUACUUGGGUGUGCAGGAGGAUUUGCUCGUGGAUGCGGUGGUGGAUGGGUUGAAGGAAAGGAAAUCGGCGAAGGAUGUGGUGGAGGUGCUGGAGGAGGCGUUGGAAGAGGAGGCAGAGGUGUUGGUGAGGAAGGUUUGGAGGUUGGCGGCGUUUUGGGGGGAGUGUGGUGCGAGGGGGUUGGCUUGA